AUGCCCCCCCAGGGCGGCGGGCAGACCCCCUUCUGCCGGGGUGCGGACGGCCGCGCUGUUCUUCGCUCCUCCAUUCGCGAGUUCUUGGCCUCCGAGGCGAUGUACAACCUCGGUGUGGACACCACCCGCGCCCUUUCGCUGGUCGUCUCCGAUGGAGGCGAGAUGGCGGAGCGGCCAUGGCAAAUGGGCAUAUUUUGGCACCCUAACCCUUCGAGAGCCCGAAAAAGACCCUUGAGAAGACCCUGA